AAUGACAAUUCAGACGACCACGUUGUCUGAAGUCCUUUAUCGGUCGCCUCGGCCACGCACACACGCGGUCUUUGACCUACACCAGACUAUGGAGGAACAAAGGAGGGUAGGUGUGACGUCAGCGAACGAGAUGACGUCAACAGCUCGGUAUCGGGUGCCCCAUGGGCCCAAGUACCGCAGUGCGCAGCCGUCGACCGAGGCGCACACAUCUGUCAAAUCUGUUCCCUCUGUUUACCUCGAGGUGCACCGAAGGUCCAGCCGGUUUCUACAGCUUCGCACCGUUUACCAGCUGCCAACGAGAGAUGCCGAAGGCGCGGGCCCCAUCCCGCGGUCGAGCCGCCGCCGCUGCAUCAACGCCGUCGAAUGUCGGUGGCUCGGGUCGGCGCAGCCGCGGUGUUCCCGCUGCCGCCGCACAGAGUCAGCCUCAGGUCUGUGUCGACCCGACACAGCUUCGGAACAUCAUCCAGGACGUGGUGCAGGAGGCGCUGGACGCCUCCGCCGCAUCGAGACCCGCGGCCGCUCCGGCGCCGUCCUACAGCCACAGCGUCCCGGCACCCACCGGUUCAGCGCCGUACGACCCACUAGAGUCCCCGGAGAGCAGUCCGCUCGGUAACGCACAAGUGGUCUGCGAUGGUACCGAAACGGUAUCGGCCGCCCUCCGCCAAAAAAUCGUGGAGGACCGCUUUGUUGACCUCGGCCUGCUGCUGGACCAUGCCGACGGAGCACGGGCGGAGACGAAUCAGGCGUUCCAGUUGGUGGACGGGCAACUCCGCCCGGCUUCACGAGCUCCGCGCGUCAUCACUUCUUUUGGCACGUGGUGCAUCGCAUUCCUCCGCUAUGCAGGAGUAUACGUACAAUCGCGUCCUGCCGCGGCGGCGGGCCUCAUGGCUCACAUGCGACAGGUGGGCCAGCUGACAGGCGCGGGGCUAGGGCUCGCCUGGCGCGAAUACGACGAAGCCUUCCGCAAGGCGCGUGAGGUGGCUCCCCAGUGCCAUGAGUGGGGCACAACCGCCAGCUCCUCCCCGCUUUGGCUACAGGCCGUCGCCAGGGGCAUCGGCACCGCAGCGAGAGUCGGCAAUCCCCCGGUGCGGCCUGUUGAGACCCCUAUGCGAUUUCGGCCCUGCUUCGCGUACAACACAGCUCGGGGCUGCCCUGCCCGAUCAUGCCGCUACCAACAUGCGUGCCGUACAUGCCGCGGCGAUCACCCGGCCACCCGCUGUGCGUCACAGCUCGCGCAAACACGCGCACGCAUUCCCCGACCCAAUGCCGGCCCGACAGCUGCCGGUGCUUCCCGCUAGCUACAGCUUGUGCUGCGCGUCCAGCCCAUGGCGUCGACACGGCAAGGGGAUCAACUCUUGGCCGCGGCGCCAUGCGCCAUGACAGCCAGCCCGGCAUGGACCAUUGCGCUAAUCCCGACACGAUGAGGGUGCGGGACGCCUCUCGUCGCGGGUCAGCGCGACUGUACUAUAAUAGUUAGCCAAGGAUGCGGUGGGGUUACGAGUGUUCACUGUUCUCGAUUAGGUGUUUAUUCUCGAUUAGGUGUUUUUGCUGCGCUGCAUUGCCGUUGCUCCGGGCGUAUUUCCUACAACAGUGGCGCUACUGCGGCUUCCCGAACAUGACGUCGACACGGCAAGGGGAUCGCCCUUGGCCGCGGCGUCAUGCUUUGUGUCAUGUCGCAAUGGCAGGGUCACGCGCCCACUAUUUAUUCAGCAAAGGUAGCGUUUGUGUGGCAAAUGAUUAUGCACAGUGUGUUUCAUGCUGCAGCGCAGCUCCGACACGGCCGGUGCCAUGUGGCUCCGGGCCGCGGGGCUGCGAUACCACCGGACAACGCGCAAACUGCACUAUUAUACAUACAUAUCGACUGCAUCAAACCCCAGCGUGGCCACCACAUUGGGUUCAGGCUCCCACACCGCAAUUCUCUGUUAACGGAUGGAGUCCGUUUACUUCUCCCGCUCGCGCCACAGCUCCGUCGUCUCGUGGUUCGGUGGGGUGGUGGGCAUGUGUCACCUCACCAAAAACCGGUCUAGCUGAAUACAGUCCCAAAAUCACA